AUGUUUGUGUGCGGCGUCGUACCGGGAUCUAGCGAAGAGGAAGAAGAAGAGGAUAUCAUGGAUAUCCUCCAGAAACGGCGGGAAGAAUGCGAGCGCAAAGCGAGACGUGGGGAGAUGGACCCCCGGCUGGAGUUCACGUUCCAGCUGCUGAUAGACGGCACGGGCCUCCCUCGACACUCCAUCAUGGACCACGUUUUCGAAGGAAAUAUGGUUAAUAUAGAGAAUAUCAAUGUUGAGGAAGUGGAACAGAAACCACAAGCUGAAUCGUCCAAGCCGAGGCCACCGGGACAAAAGCCGCCUCCUCCACAGGUUACUGUCAAAAAGAAACUGUUCCUCUCAGACGGCUGGGACGUCAGAUUCACCGGCAUAUGUAUUUAUAUGUUCAGAAUCAAUGUUAGCAAGCAGCUACCCGAAGAAGGAUUCCACAAAGAUUUAUUUUGCGGUAUCCUGAAUGCAGAAAAGGUAGGUUUGGUGACAGCAAUCGAGAGGGUAAUGGAAUAUGUGUACAUGAGUGCACUUGCUCAUCCGAGCAGCGAUGGUGAUGAAGACGAAACAAAGUUUCCGAUAGUCAAAAAUCAACUACUACCUGGCCUGAGGUCUUUCUGUAGCGCGUUAAAAGAUAAGAACGAGCUUAAGGACAUGACUAAGAAUAUUAACACUAUCACAAUGCUAGAGGACCGGGUGGGAGAGUGGAUUAAAAAGGUUAUGGAGAUCUUAAGUGAAAGCGAACAAUUACGACGCGAGGUAGACUCUAGCGGUCCUCAGGAUGAAUUAGAGUACUGGAAGAAGAGAGGUGCUCAGUUCUCGCAAUUGGUGUCUUAUCUACAAGAUGAUGAAGUACAACUGACUCUGAUGGUCCUCCAACUAGCUAAUUCCAAGGUCAUCAAAUUGUGGCGGGACACAGAUCACAAGAUAACAUUUUGCUACAAUGAGGCAAAAGAUAAUGCCAAAUUCAUUCAAGCUAUGGAGAAAUGUUGCCACUCUCUUUAUUUAGAUGAUCCGGUGAAAAUAAAGGAUUCUAUAUUGAGCCUGCUGCAGACAGUGAGACUCAUACAUAGCGUUUCUCAAUUUUACAACACAUCUGAGAGGAUCUCUUCCUUGAUGGUGAAGAUUACAAAUCAAAUGAUUGAAACAUGCAAACAAUACAUCACGUGUCGUUUCAAGGAAACCAUAUGGUCGCAGGAACGUUCGCUGGUCAGGGAAAGACUAAUACACUGCAUUAAUUUGAAUAGAACUUACAGGGAAACCUAUUUAUUCGUGAAAAAUCAACCUUUCCUGCCUAACACGGAACAAUUCAGUUUCUCCGAGAACUACGUUUUCGGAAAAUUCGAUACAUUCUGCCGUAGGUUGAAUAAAAUCAUUGCUAUGUUUGAUCUCAUGGACGACUACAGCCAUCUCUUUGAAAAAAGAAUGGAAGGUCUUUUACUUGGAGAAGAUUUGGAAGAGGCUAUGCAAACGUUCGAGGAAGCGAAAAAGGCCGUAAUCACUGCACAAUACGAUUUCCUAGACUAUAGGAAUGCAGACUUCGAUAAAGACUACGAAACUUUCGAAGGCAAGACCAAUGCUCUAAGGGAAUCUAUAGGAAACACGAUAGAGGACAACUUUUCCAGUGUGUGGGAAACUCCGCAAGGACGAAUAAAAUGGUCAAGGUGCCUAAUGCAAAACAUGACGGAAACAGUAGAGAGUGUGUGUGCUCAUCCAGUAUUGCGAUCUCUACCGGCAGCUGGUGACGUCACACGCAAAUACUCUAACACACGUUCACUUGUGGUUACCUAUGAAGAAACUAUGCGGGCUGUCUGGAUGAACCAGAAUCUGUGGGACGUGGACGACAGUCUGAACAAUACAUUGCUGAAGAUUGACGACGCGGGACGUAUAAGCGUGAAUCUUGAUCAUACUAUCCGACUGCUGCUGCGGGAAUCCGACUGCCUCAUCAAGAUGGGACUUGAUCUGCCGAUAGUCUGCCAUUCCCUUUACGCAAAAAAGAACUAUUUCACACUGAUAAACGACUCUUUACAGUUUCUACUCCGAGAUUACCUCUGUACGGUACGACGCGUGAAACUUGAAGUGCGUCCACUAUUUCUGCCUCAAGUGGUACGUCUUUCGUCCCUCCUCCUGCCCGGUCUCCGCUACGUCACUUGGACUAGUGGUGACUGGAAAGAAUUCAUUGAUCGAGCAAAUGCUGCUAUCAAUUGCUUCGACGUACUGGUUACGAGAGUACAUGAUAUUUACACAAAUAGAAUCAUCUACGUACUCUCCGGCAUGCAAGAUGUAUCUUUGAUUACAUUACCAGGCAAGCAGCUUGUUUAUCUAAAUAUAUAG